UUUGGAGCGGUGGUUCAGUGGUAAGCGCAUUGCGCUAUGAACCCGGAGCGCGAAGGUUCGAUUCCUGGCCACGGCUAAUGCCCGUGGCCAAUGAUAUCUGAACCGGUCAUGCCUCACCCCCCCUACACCCCCCUUCCCUCCAGCCCCUUCCCAGACCUCGCCGGCGUGGCGAAGCAUAUCUCCUGCCAAACCACCGGCGGCACGGGUAAAGACGUGCAGCGCAGGGACUCCUUCAUCCAGCAGUGGAUUAGCCAUCCGCAGACUAUUAACUCAAACGUUGUUUUACGCGCACACACAUCUACCAAGACAAAUAUCCCCCGUAUAGCCUGAACAGACUUGUCGGGGCAAGUGCUGUUACACAUACACACACACAUACACACACACACGCAGAUACACACACACGCAUAUACAUACACACACACAUACACACACACAUACACACACACGCAGAUACACACACACAUACACACACAUACACACACACAGAUACACACACAUAUAUACAUACACACACACAUACACACACAUACACACACACGCAGAUACAGAUACACACACAUAUACACACACACAUACACACACGCAUAUACAUACACACGGCAAAGGCAAAGCUCCCCCGUCUAGCCUUAAAGUCUCGCGAUCCUCCUCGCGCCCGCACACAGACGCACGUGCCGCUCAUCGCACACAAUGCGUGACCACCCCUCCGCGUCUCCUCGUGUCUCACACCUGCAACCUCCUGCUCUUCACCACCACCGCCACCACCCGCUGCUCCUCCUCCUACUGCUGCAACUGCUGCACCCGCACGUCGGCCCACCCAUCCUCUGCUGGGCCAUCCGUCCAACCUUCACGUGCCCCACCAGCUGCUCGUGCAGCAGCAGCGGCACUCACAGCGCGGGCAGCAGCAGCAGCAGCAGCGUGGGCGGCGUGGCCGGCGUGGGCGUCUCGCCCGUCCACGUGGUGGACGUGGCGGGCAUCCACGUGAAGUGCAGCGGCGCCGGCUUCUCGUCCGUGCCCGAGGACCUCCCGGCGGCCACCUCGCGCCUCCUCCUCGACGCCAACCUCAUCGCGUCGCUGCCGCCCGCCGUCCUGCGCCACCUGCCCGCCCUCCGCGAGCUCGACCUGUCGGGCAACCGACUCGAGGCCAUCUCCCCGGGCGCCUUCGACGGCGCGGCGCGCUCCCUCGAGCUCCUCGACCUGUCGGCGAACCGCCUGCGCUCGCUGCGCCCCGCGUCGCUCGCCGGACUCGGCCCCGCCGUGGGAAUGUUCCUGCACGGCAACCCGUGGCACUGCGACUGCGAGCUCGCGGCGGCGCUGUCUCGCGUCACGGUGCUCGGGCCCGGGAACCGCGAGGAGAUGAAGAAGGAGGUGGCGCCGCAGCUCCCCGAGGGGGGUCCCGGGACCCCCUUUGAAGACGACGUGGGGAGCACCACGCUGUGACCCCCUUAAGGGGGUCCUUCCUUCCACCUCCUCAAGGAUCCCACCUAAUGGGUUGUUCCAUUGGCAUUGAGGCCCCCCCCCCCUCAACUCAUUUGGGGUCACCAGCAAAGUUGGGGGUUCACAAUGGGGAUGAGACGGCGCGGGUGGGGAUUGACGAUGUCCGUGUCGACGGUGGGAGGAUAGUAAC